AUGACUUCCGAAAUGUCCCUCGCCCAGGGCUACGUCCAGGCGAAGUCGUAUAUUCCCUACGACCAGAUUCUCCUCUUCGGAGACUCGAUCACCCAGUUCUCAGCAUACCAGGGCCGUGGUUUUGCCUUUUCACCGCAGAUGCAAGAUGACUAUGUGCGAAAGCUAGACGUCCUUAACCGUGGUUUUAGCGGAUAUACGUCCUCUCAGGGGCUGAAUGUGCUGCCCCAGUUCUUCCCGCCGCCACAUGUAGCCAAAACCGUGUUUUUCGGCGCAAACGAUGCUGUCCUGCCGCCGGGAGACCAGUACGUUCCCCUGGAGAAAUACGUACAAAACCUCAAGGCCAUCAUCCAGCACCCCGUAGUCCGAUAUGGAGACACCAAGAUUGUCCUUCUCACUCCGCCACCUGUGAACGAGUAUCAACUCACGGCGUUUGACCUGUCCAAGGGAGUCACCACCUUGUUUCGCUCGGCCAACAACACGAAGCUGUACGCCGAUGCCUGUCGUGAAGUCGGCAAGUCUCUCCACGUAGCUAUUGCAGAUAUCUGGUCCGCAUUCAUGAGAGAGGCCGGCUGGGUCCAGGGCCAGCCAAUUGCUGGAUCAAAGGAGAUCCCAGAGAACCCCAAGCUUGCCUCCUUGCUAGUUGACGGCCUCCAUUUCUCCGGAGACGGAUACAAAGUCAUGUACGACGAGGUCCUCAGAGCCAUCCGAGAGACCUACCCUGAAGAAGCUCCUGAGAGGCAGCCUGUCCAUUUCCCGCCGUAUCAGUUUGCCGAAGACGCAUAG